AUGGGGGAAUUAGGGCAAUCAGCGAGUGAUGUCAAAGAAAAUCGAGAAUCCCUCAGGUUCAAAAACAAGAAAGCUGUAAACCAUGCCAAAACAGAGCCCACCUCCAAAGCCCUAGGUCUCACAGACGCAAAUCUCGUUUCCGACAAAAUCUCGCUUCUUUCAAAUGAAAUCUUGCUCAAUAUUCUCUCAAAGCUCUCGAAUCUCAGAGGAAUGUCAAUUUUCUUGUCUCCAAACGGCCGGCUUGUGAGGUCCAUAAAGCUUCUCGACUGGGAUUUUCUUAUUUCAGAUGUGGGAUUGAUAAUUUUAGCACAAGGGUGUAAGAGAUUAUUGAAACUUGAAUUGAUGUCAAAUGCUUGAAGAGUUGACUUUUUGUGAUCAUAGAAUGGAGGACGGUUGGCUCUUGGGACUUUGUUAUAGUGAAAAUUUGAUGUCUUCAAAGUUUUUGUCGUCUAAGAGAGUUGACCGUGGUUUUGGAUUUGAUGAGCGUUUGUGGAUUUGUCCUGCUGUUGAGAGUUUGCACUUGGAGAAGUGUCAGUUGAGGAACAAGAAGAGUUUGAGAGCAUUGUUUUUAGUUUGUGGGAUUGUGAGGGAAGUUGUCAAAAAUUGCUGGUGUCUAACUGAUGAAUUGUUCAGCACAGCAAGUGCUUUAAGGUAUUGGAUUUUCUUUCACUUUUUUGUUCCUUUUUCAAGUCCUGUUCUUAUGCGUCCUCGAUAUAUUAGGACUUUUGCUUGUGUUUUUG